AUGGACAUGCCAACUGGUCGCUUGGUUGUGUUGCUUUUAAUAGCUAAUUUCCCAUUGAAAGAUGCAGACCCACUCAUCCUUUUUGCAGACGUUAACACCGUAAAUGAAUAUGACCCACUUACGGGGGAUUACCGUACGAUCGCAGAAAAUCAACAAAACGCCGUGGCUUUAGACUAUGAUUUCAAGACGAUGCAGGUAUACUGGUCAGACGUGUCAACGAAUCAGAUCUAUCGUACUAAUGUCAAUUGCAAUGGUGUACCAGAAGUUAUUAUAACUGGGGCUAACGUACCUGAUGGAAUCUCUAUUGACUGGGUCAACCGUAACAUUUACUGGACUGACACGGGAACAAAUUUCAUUGAAGUCGCAAGCCUGGACGAUCCAAACAAACGUACCAGACUCAUUUCUGAUAAUUUAGAUGAGCCAAGAGCUAUUACUGUAGAACCAAGAAUUGGAUACAUGUUCUGGACUGACUGGGGCCAGGCAGCUAAGAUUGAACGAGCAGGAAUGAACGGAGAGGCAAGAGUGACCCUCGUUAACACUGACAUCAACUGGCCAAAUGGUCUGACCACUGAUCCUGACAGUGACCUUCUCUACUGGGUGGAUGGUCUGAGACACACCUUAAAUAGCAUUGACUACAACGGUCAAGGUAGACGCACCAUCCUCCAAUCAGAUUCAAUUCUGCCUCAUCCUUUCGCUAUUACUGUAUUUGAAGAGUAUGUCUACUGGACAGAUUGGCAGAAAAAGGCUAUCACCAAAGCCAACAAAUUCAAUGGAGACCAUACUAUUUUGGUUCAAAAUCUCAAUCGUCCCACGGGCAUCCAAAUAUAUCACCCUCAAAAACAAAGUAACGGAAUUGUUAGCCAUUGUGGUGGAAAUAACGGUGGAUGUUCUUAUCUGUGCGUAGCUGCCCCCCAGAUCAGCGAUAAUUCUGCUACAUAUUCCUGCCUCUGUGAAGAUGGGAGUAUAUGUGAGAGUUUCACAACAAGUAAUCCACUGACGACCGAGGAUAUUGGACUAAGGGUUGGUGUUUAA